AUGACUAAGAAUAUUCAUCCUUGGAAAUUAACUUACGAUCAAACUUUAGAUCAAUAUUAUUAUAUCAAUAGUCAAGAUAAUUCUAUAACUUUUGAUUUACCUUGUGAAGUGAAUCAUACUCCUUAUAGUUCCAUCUCUUCAUCAAAGGGGAAAUUCUUAUCUAAAUUGAAAAGAUCCAAUAGUGAUAAUGCUUAUAAUUGUUUCAUAACUAAUGCUACUAAUAAUAAUAAUAAUAAUAAUAAUGCUACAACUAAUAAUUCCAGUAACAGUUCAGUAUUAUCCAAAAUAAGUUCAGUGUUAUCUUUAAAAUCAUCUAAAUCUCAUGAUUCCAUGAAUACCACCUCUACCAAACGUCAACAUUCAAUUGAUAAAUCCAUACUAUCAAAAUCAACUAAUAAUAAUAAUACUACCACCACCAUAACUCCUAAUAAUUCAGAAGAAUCAUCAUUCAAUAUCUCAUCAUCAGACAUGGACGAUAACGAUGGAUCAUCAUCAAUCAUCUCAGGCUUAGACGAUGAGUUCCUCAUUAAUAAUUACUCCAACUUUAGAAACUUCGCCGGUACAUCCGUAGUACAUACUCCAUCGUAUGAAAUGACAGAUAUAGAAGAUUACGAUCAAGAAGAAGAGGAAGAAGAACUCGAAGAAGAAGAUGGUUCAAUCAACUCCUUCGAAAGUGAAUUCGAAGAUGAAAUCCAUUCAUUCUACGAUUAUACCUAUAUCAGAGAUGAUCAUAAUAGUAUUGUCGAUAAUAAUGGAUACUACUAUACUGAUGAUCAAUAUGAAAAUGAAUCUGAAUUAGAAUCAAAUAAAUUAAAUCAAAAAUAUAAUAUCGAUAAAGAAUUAGAAAGACGUGAAUUACGUUUACAAAUGUUAAAAGAGUUGUAUUAG